AUGGACAAAGUUGAUGGAAACACAACCAAAAAAAUGGAUCCACAACUAACGUUCAAGGCAUACAGCAAGAUUGAAAAUCAUCAUCAGGAGAGUUUCGUUUCAAAGUUAUUGGAAAAGGAAACUGAAGAUUCGGAUAAGAAAUUGGAAUGGGUUUGCUUGGAGAAAGUGCAUGGUAGCAAUUUCAGCUUUAUUGUUGUUCCUAAAGAAGGAUCACAAGAUAAAGUUGAAGUAUUGAAAGCAAAUCGUACCAAUGUUCUUACCAUAUUAAGUAAUUUCUUUGUGGAAGCUCAAAAAGAAGUUUACGAAAGAUAUUACAAGAGUUGUGUUAAAUUAUUCGAAAUUAUUUCUCAAAAUGCAGAAAAAUUCAAACGAAAGACUAUGGAAACUGAAAGUGAAAUUACAAAAAUUCACAUAUUUGGUGAAUUAUUUGGUGGAUACUUUCCAAAAUUGAAAAAUGAUCAAGAUUCGAAUGGUAUUCGUAAAGCACACAUUCAAAAAGGUGUUUACUAUUGUCCACAUUAUGAUUUUUACGUAUUUGAUGUGGCAGUGACAUUUGGCGACCAAGAUACUUGGUUACUUUUCGAUGAGGCAGAUCCAAUUCUUGAAGAAGCAGGAUUUAGAGUUAGAGCUAAACCACUUUUUAGAGGUUCAUUGAAGGAAUGUUUGGAUUUUGAUGUGGAAAUUAACACGAUAAUUCCACAAACUUUUUAUUCUGACAUUUUGACAGAAAAUGAUAUUUUAUUUAAGGAAAAGGAAAAUAUUUGUGAAGGAGUGGUGAUUAAACCUGCUAAUGGUACUGUAUUUGUCGGAUCGAGGGCAAUUAUUAAGAAGAAGAAUUCAAAAUUUACUGAAGUCAAUCCUGCCAAAGAUAAAUCUAAACGAAUGAAGAAACAGGAAAAAUCUGUGGAUCAAGACGAACAAGAAAUGAUUUCUAAUGUGUGGAAUGAAAUUGAGCGAUAUUUGAAUAAUAAUCGUCUUGAUAAUGUCGUUUCCAAAGUUGGAAAUAUUACUAGAGAAAAUCUUUCACUUGUUUUGAAGAAUUUUGUGAACGAUGCCAUUGAGGAUUAUGAUAAAGAUCAACAAGAAUUGGGAGAAGAAGGAGCUACCCUAUCAUCCCUUCCAGUCAACAUUCAAAAAUCAAUCAAGAAGAAAUUGGGAUCCACCUGUCAAGCAAUUCUUCUAAAAUACAUGAACGAAAACAAACAAUAA